GAUACGGGUGUCUCACUGUACGCUAAUAAUAAUCAGUCACUGCUGACUGGGUGGGUUGGUGAAACGUGUUUGUUUGUGUUUUAAACCUGCCUAUUCAAUUCGGCUUCUUUAAAUUGGAAUUUACUUUUAUGCAUUUAAACGCAGCACUUUCACGACAACCCCGAAGCUGUGCGGGAUCGUUCCAGGUGUCGUACUUGUGGAUAAAACCAGAGAGUAAAAUGUCAACUAAUAUGCGAGGAUGUUGAGUGACUGAAAUCCGCACAGGGAAGUUGGCGGACAUGAUUAUUAUCCUUGGAAUGAUGACGUCACUUCUUCACGUUCUCACAGCGAUGAGUGAACUUCCCCAACCUGUCAACAUUGCCCUGACCUCCAAUAAUUUCAUUCAUAUGCUAACAUGGAAGCCCGGACCUGCCACACCUGCGGAUGUUUAUUACCAAGUCUUUUUCAUCACAGACACGGGAAUCGAUUGGCUCCCAGUGGCUUCUUGCCAGCAUGUGCAUUACCCUCUGGUUUGCAACAUGACCCAAGCCUUCUCCAACCCCAGUCUGGUCUACAUAACCCAAGUUGUAGCCAAACUGGGGGAUCAGGCCUCCCUUCCAACUAGCCACCCUGGUUUCCAGCCCAUAAAAGACACUUACUUGGACCUGCCGUUAAUGACCGUGGCUCCUUGUGGACAAAACUUGUGUGUGGAACUUCAGCCUCCAAUGCAGCACCUGAGGGACUUCUAUGAACCUCUGAGUUACCAACUCCGCGUCAAGAGCAGCGAUGCAGAAAAAGAGCUGGAAACCAAAUCUCUGAAGAGAGUCACUCUGGAGAACCUCGCUCCCGGUAGGGACUACUGCAUCUCGGUCCGCUUCUUUGACAACCUUGUCCCCAGGGUGUCCAACUACAGCCAAGCUCAAUGUACUUUCAUCCCGGGUAUCUUUACUUCAGAGUUACCAAUCUUCGCUGUGUUGUGUAUCGUAAUGAUCGUUGGCGUCAUCACUAUCAUCCUUUUGGUCUAUACCGGAUUCAUCUGUCGAAGAAAAAGACCUGUUCCCCGAGUUCUGACGUCCGUACCUCACAUUGAGGAGGUCCUGCUGUUUGUGCCCCAAAUCGCAUCCUUGUCUUCGUUCUUGGAGAAAGCACCAGUGCACUGUCCAGAUGAAGAAGUGUACUUUCACACACCAAUCAGUAGGAUUGCAGAGAACUCUUCUGAAAACAGGAACAGUAAUUACAAAACGUGUCGGACUUCCAAACUUCUCUGUGCUUCCUCGUCUUCGUUUGAACAGCUGCCUGGCAGCUCUAUGGACUCAAAUUCUGGAACUUUCCCGUUAGGAUUUUCUAGCCCUCAGGCUCAAGUGUGGGUUUUGGACGACACGUCUUCAAACGCAGCAUCACAACACUCCACAGCAAACAGAGACUUGAUUUCGGACUUUGUGUUGGACUUGGACCACAGUCUCCUUGCAGACCAAGAGACGUUAGAGUCAAUGGAGCUGGAGAAUGGAGGCUAUGGCGAGACGGACAACCAGAAUGUUAACCUCCUCACGUUGGUUUUGGGCAGGAAUGUGGAGGAAAAUGAGGAGAAAAGCUUUUUGGACCAAUCAGAUGUGGAGAGCUUUGUCCAGAAAGAGUAUGACACCUUGCCAGUGACGGCCAGCGAGGAUCCCUUGGAAACAAUUCCCUUGUCUGUUGAUGAUGAAGAUGAACAGUCUGUUUACAUGAGACGUCCAUCUCCAUCAUUCUUGUAGAAUGUGUCUCCCUUUUUUCAUCAGCCGUUGAGAUUACUUGUAUAGUUGGUAGCCAGAGUCCUGAAACUGGUGGGUAUUUUUUGUCCAACACACUAAUUUUCUUUGCCCUUUUUAUAGGAUGUUUUUUAUAAAAACGUUACACAAUAAGCACGUUACUAAAAGCUUUAUAACAAGUCAUUUAAUUAAUUACUUUUUAAUGUCCGUUACAACGCCGUAACUGAUACAUUUUAGUGUAACAUGUCACACUUUUUUUGAUGCAUAAAAGACAGAUUUAGAAUCUCAGCAAGUUCACUUCAGAAAGUAGCUCUUUACUAGUGCAAGUGGCAGUCUCUGCACACACACACACACACACACACACACACACACACACGCGCGCGCAAUACUACCAGUACUGGGGAAUAAUGAACAUUCAAUAAAGUGACAAUCAUCAACUAUAAUAAUCCUACAGUAACACGUUUGUGGACACAGCCAUUGACGCACGUUGCAUUGCUUUAUUAACUAUCAGUAAAAAAACUAAAAAAACAUUCCACCAAUCUCCUUCCAGUCUGCAGACUACCAAUGCUAAGCUAAAACAGCCAAUGAGUGCGCCAUCACUGACGUCACGCUUUACUUGACAACAGGCACCGCCUUAUAAAGGCAUACACUCACGCACUCUUCUCUCAUGAAACCUCCCUCAACUGUAGAGAUCAGAUAUAUGAUAGUUAAAUAUAAACUAAUGCUUUGAUUUCCCCAGUAAUUGAUCACAUAUAUUAAAGAAUAAUUCCAUUAGUAAUUCAAUUACUUUUUUGGGAAAGUAACAAGUAACUGUAAUUGAAUUACUUUUUUAAAGUAAUUUUCAAAACCCUGAUCAUAGACAAAUAGUAUAUGUUGUUUUGUUUAGAUAGCUGGGGGUACUUAAGAUUUAAAACAUACAGUUUUUGUAUGCCACACUUUUCUUUUUGGAAUGGAUCGAUAAUCGUACCUUCCUGUCUCCCCGUAGUAAGUACAUUUCCACGAAAUUGGAAUUUGUUUUAAUUGUUUAGGAAUUUAAGGUCUUUCAGACACUCCACACCAGCUUGUAAACAUUUCCUACGCUCCUAAAACACUUCAUACACUCUAAAACCAAUGUAAUAUAAAUAUGAAACCUUAAAUAUCAAUGUACUCACCGACUCCAAUCAGCUAAAGUCUCACUCAAUAACUUCACGCUGCAAGCUUCAGGAGUUUACUAAGGAUUUUGUGAGACUAAAAAAGCACAAAGAAAAUGUAAUUGUAAACUAAUAGCACAAUGCUUAGCCAAUUAGUGAUUAACAUGUACAAAUGAUGCAUUGAACACUACUGGAGACAUGCAGCAGUUAGAUUAAAUAUACAUGACACUGUGAAUGUAACACUUACAGGUUUUUGUGAGCAAAAGAUGAGUUGUGUAGAUGAAAAUGACUCGACUUGGCGGACUUCUACUUCUGGUUCAAAGCAAGUAACGGAGGGAAAGUCACUGUAAUAAACGGGAUACCUGCAAUGAGUACAUCUGACCACAAGUAGGUGCUGUUUCUACAAACAAUGACUCCCAACACUGCAUUACACUGAUAGCAUAAAAGUCUUAAUGCACCGUGACUGUAA